AUGCAUGACGUUUUAGCUGGAAGCAAAUACGACGAAACUGGGCAGAUUUGUGGAAACCAAUUACCAAGAAGCCUGGUAUCAUCUGGACUCAAACUCUUCAUCGUGUUUCACUCGGAUUAUAGCGUGUCAGCACCGGGAUUUGUUCUGAACUAUUCAACACCAUUAGAUGUAAAUGAAUGUUACUUUGGAACACACAACUGCGCUAUUGGAGCGUCAUGUGUCAAUACGAAUGAAUCGUUUUACUGCAUUUGUGAAAACGGUUAUACCGGAGAUGGCGUAACCUGCACAGAUAUCAAUGAAUGUGAACUUGGAAUUGAUAACUGUCAUUCUCAAGCAUCAUGUCGCAAUACCAAUGGGUCGUUCGACUGUUCUUGCAACUUUGGCUUUAGUGGAGAUGGAAUAGCAUGCAACGCGACAAGACCUUCUAAUACAUCUAAUCCAGGCACCAUUCCACCCACUACUAAUCCAGGCAACGCGACAAGAUCUUCUAAUACAUCUAAUCCAGGCACCAUUGCACCCACUACUAAUCCAGCUAACGCAACAAGACCUUCUAAUACAUCUAGUCCAG